UCGGCCUUGAAUCAUUGCGAACAUGAGGUCAGUUACGGCAGGGGUUUCUGUAGGCUGUACUCUCCCUUCCUCCACCAUCUCAAUUGGACGCCAUGGACGACUUGCAUGAGGCUGAAUUUUCAUGCACUUGUGUUCACCGUUGUCUCGCAGGCCCUAUGGCUGAUGCUUCAGAUGUGAUUUUGACUGGCUCGUUUGACCACUGGUCCCGCUCGAUGCACCUGCCCAAGGGCGCAUCUGGCUUCGUGGGUAAUGUUAAGGUCCCCUGGAGUGAAAAGAUUCCCUACAAGUUCAUCGUGGACGGAAAAUGGAUCACCCGUGAUGACCGCCCAACAGAGUUAGAUAGCGCCGGGAACCUUAAUAACGUUCUUUUUACGCCUUCUAAACCCGUUCCUUUGAUAUUAGAACACCCAUCAACCUCUACCGCUCCCAAAAUCCCCAACUCCAUGACUUCAUCCACCAAAUCGCCUGAAGAGCCGGUGUUGUAUGGCAAGACCUCCCAGCAGGUGUUGGAAGCGGAUCAACGUGGUGAUUCCGACUUCACCAUCCAUGUCACAAGCGCCGUUGGAGACCUAGUCGUUUCUGAUAAGGAAGUUCUACCAGGGGCCUACGUUCCCGACGUUAUCGUCGAGGCAGUUAAAACUGCUGAGUUCGGCGGUGAUGCUGACGCACUCCAUGCAAUUGUGGACACUGCGUCGAGCGCGGUGUCCACCGUUGUCGAAGAAAUCACUACCGCACUAGAGUAUGUUUCCUUGGGCAUUGGCUCCAUAUUUCACAUGCACGGUCACGUUCCGGAUGCAACCGAACAACCAUCAACUACUUCGGUCAUUGGGCUCCCCGUAACCGAGACAUCAGCACCCGAGAGCACUCAGGGAGUUCCCUCCCCUGAAAUUGCCAAGACCGCGCCGCAAAUCGCGCCCGUCGUCCCUAUCCUUAUCUUGCCUGUCAACGACGACACGUUGAACGAAACUGCAUCAGCCUUACCAGAAGGUGAAAUUGAUGCAAGCGGUUCUUCGGCCCCCCAUCCAUCAGAUGCCACAAGUUCUGUUCCCGAACCUUCAACGCACUCUCCUAUACUUCUGUCGAAACAAGCACCUCCUGUCAUACAGGAAACCCAAGCUGGAGAGAACGACGAACCUGUUAAGGAGGAGAAUUCAGAAGCACAGGCAGCCGAGAAGGAGAAUGGAGAAUUGCUUGCGGAUGCAAUUGCACGUCCUUCAGACGCGGUUGUGAAUCCCACAACGCCUGAGAUUGACGUCAAUCCAGACCUCUUGGAGACAGCCGAGACACCCGCUGCCGGCGCCGAGACACCCGCUGCCGGCGCUGAGACCUCCACACCCGACAAUGAGUCGUCCUUGCCGACGCCCAAGCCUCAAGACACCCCCGCAGCUGAUCCUUCGUCAAUGCCCUCUACUCCAGGGCUAAACAGUGAUACCAAAGAUUUAAAGGAUGUCCCACCCCCUUCUUCCACUUCCACCGACACACCCGUGAAAUCGUCAUCCAAGUUCAGCACUGCAAGCAAGAAAAAGAAGCGACGGUCACUCUUUGCCAGAUUGAAGGAAUUUUUCUUUCACAGGGAGAAAAAGAAGUAGAUGCUCUUACUGUGUCUUCAUCAUUCGUCACACCUUCACACUUUCACGGCCUUCUACGAUGUAGACAAUUUCUCGUAUCUUUCAACAUCACGCGAUCUUAUUGCGAUACCUCUUAGUUGGAUUCUUUUACUCUAAUUGUGGAUUCAUUUGACUGUUGUACAUAAGUGUUGGCACUAUAUAUGCGUUUCUAUUGCGAU